AACUUCGGGCGGCGAGCCCCGGGACCGGUGGGGUCUGGUUUCUGCCUCACGGCAGCACCACCCUCGCCGAGGGCUUCACCUACAUCGACGGCGAGACGGCGCGUCAGAUGCGCCGCCCGGGGACGCUGCCCGUUGCGAAUAACGCGUCCGGUCACCGCGGAGGAGGAAGCGGCGGAGGAGGUGGAGGAAGUGGCGGAGCGGGAGGAGGGGUCAGAGGCGUCGUGGACGAUGGUACAGCGUCACUGAGCGCAGCGCCGAUCGACGGGGUCACAUCUAGUGGCGCGAGAUCCCAUUAUUCCAGUCACUCCCUGCGUCGUACGCCGCAUUCGCAGCCGCAGCUUUCCGCCAGAGAGCCGGACGACCGGAUGCGGAUCCUGGAAUCCGGGCUCCAGAACGGAGUCCCAGCCGGUGGUCGCCAUCAGUCGUCGCCACCGCCGCUGCCCUCUAGGCAUCAACCCAACUGCGGCCAGUCUUCGUAUCCCACUAUGCCGGUCAACGGCCACGCCGCUCAUCACUAUCAUCAUCACACGAGAGAGCGUGAGAAGGACAGGCCGUCCACUCGCGAGAGAAAUCGCGAGCGAGACGGCGGUCCCCCGCCGCCGCCGCCACCGCCACCGAUAACGUCGCACCGGUCCGACAAGCACAGAGAAGCCCAGUUAGAGAUGGAGUUGCGCGACAGCCUCGACAUGGGCGUGAUCGGCACGUACCGAGCGUAGAUGAUAAGUCAGACGCGUCGCGUUGCAAAUCAGGGAAACGAAAGAUGAUCUACAAUCCAGAAAAAAUGCUAUUACGCAAUCGUGGACUUCUCCGCGUUAAUACGGAGGAAUACGCAAUGAUAGUUUAAAGAAAAGAUUAAGAAAGAAGCCCAACGGAGAUCAAUCAGAUAAAAGUUCCUUUCAUCGCGUAAUGCAGAAAAGAAUAAAAAUCAGAAAAAUAGGAAGAAGACUGAAGAAGCGUUAAUGAAAAAUAUCAAGAAUCGAGACCAAAAAGACAAGCGUGAUCACCAUAUCACUAUGGUAUACAGUCUAGUUCGAGACUUUUAAUCGUAUACGAUCGAUAAAUCAGUAAAAGCCAACGAUCAAUGACAAGGACAUUAACUAGUUUAUAAUUUUAUUUUAAUUUCCAAAGGAACAGAACAAAUCUAAGUUUUAAGUAUUAGAUAAUAAUUUAUUCGUAACAUCAUUAGAAAAAAAUUUAUUAAGUCCAAGUAUUUUCUAUUAAACUAUGUAUAAAAUUUAAAAUCAAAAUAUGAACAAUUGUUCGCCGACAUGUAGAAUACUUUUUACAUCUGAAAUAUUUUUCUAAAUUUUUAUUCUAAUUUUUUUUAAAAAUACUUUUAUCUUUUUUUCACCUAUAAUGACGCAUCAAACAAA